CGUUAGCGGUCGCACUCACAGAGAGAAUUAGGAAACGGGGGCCGCACAAUUAACUAUAGUACAAACAAGGGGAGGCGACGAGCGAGGAAAACAAAGCGCUGCUUGUUCCAAAGAGCCCCGGACUUGCCUCCUGCUGUCCUGACGACAAAUCGGGGGAAACGAGUGAGAACGCCGUUGACAAGGUGGACAGUCCGCUGUCUUGUUGCUCGUGGUAACUCUCCACCAUGCCUUUCCCCUUUGGCAAGUCCCACAAGUCACCGGCGGACAUCAUCAAGAGCCUUAAGGACAACAUGGUGGUGCUCGAGAAGCCCGACAUCUCUGACAAAAAGGCGGAGAAGAUCACAGAGGAGGUGUCAAAGAGUCUGGUGGCCAUGAAGGAGAUCCUCUAUGGGACGAAUGAGAAAGAGCCCCAGACAGAAGCAGUGGCGCAGCUCGCCCAGGAGCUCUACAACAGUGGUUUACUCAGUACCUUGGUAGCAGACCUGCGGCUCAUCGACUUUGAGAGUAAGAAAGAUGUGGCUCAGAUCUUCAACAACAUCCUGAGGCGUCAGAUUGGGACUCGCACACCGACGGUCGAGUAUCUCUGCACUCAGCAGAAUAUCCUGUUUAUGUUGCUUAAAGGGUAUGAGUCUCCAGAGAUUGCCCUAAACUGCGGUAUCAUGUUGAGGGAGUGCAUCAGACAUGAACCGCUGGCUAAAAUCACACUGGGGUCAGAACAGUUCUACGACUUCUUCAUAUACGUGGAAAUGUCCACGUUCGACAUCGCCUCAGACGCAUUUGCCACUUUUAAAGACCUCCUCACAAGACACAAGCUACUGAGUGCAGAGUUUCUGGAGAAACAUUAUGACAGAUUCUUUAGUGAAUAUGAGAAGUUACUCCACUCAGAAAACUACGUGACUAAAAGGCAGUCCCUCAAGUUACUCGGGGAGCUGCUUCUCGACCGGCACAAUUUCACCAUAAUGACGAAAUACAUCAGCAAGCCAGAGAAUCUCAAACUAAUGAUGAAUCUGCUACGGUACAAAAGCCGCAACAUCCAGUUUGAGGCAUUUCAUGUUUUUAAGGUGUUUGUGGCCAACCCCAACAAGACGCAGCCCAUCCUGGACAUCCUGCUGAAGAACCAGACCAAACUCAUCGAGUUUCUCAGCAAGUUCCAGAACGACAGAACAGAAGACGAACAGUUCAAUGAUGAAAAGACUUACUUGGUCAAACAGAUCAGGGACCUCAAGAGGCCUGCUCCCCAGGAGGCCUGAGGAGAGCGCAGAGGUGGCUGGGGGAGGAGCCACCUGGACUACGUCUGGAAAAACACCCAGACAACGUCUGCUUAACGGAACCUUCAGCAGCUGCUCAACUGGUUUCUGAACAAAAACUGAGGAAACAAGUGAAAGCCCAACAAAAUGCAAACGUAUCCAUAUCAACUCAUCAGCUCCUCUGCUCGUCAGAGAACAUUUGUGUAUUUUUUUCAGUCUUUUUCCUUCAAAAGAAUUUAGAGAAAAUAAUAGAUGCUGCUGCUUCCUUGCACAUUGAGACAUAUAAAGUAUAUUAAAACGCCACAACAGUCCAUCAAACCUAGUGAGAGAAAAUGUCCGUGCAUUUAAAUUAAAACAGACUUCCUGGUAGACACACACAUAGUUUACACGCACAUAUAUGCAUCAAAUGCAUAUACUGCAAGAAUAUCGGCUGAAUCCUUGAGACGGAAAUGGUACGAGCAAGUUGAACACUGGUGUGUUUUGUUGCAUGCCUAAAAAUGUGACCGAUCCCUGGCUGCACCCGGCGUCGGCUCUGUGACGGCCUGCCCAGUUUGACUCCCACGUUCAGUGCCACAGACUCGGAAAUGCACACGCAUCACAGCAACCGCCACAGUUUGCAUCUAUGCCUUCAUCCAAUAAAGCGACAGUGGUUAA